AUGGCGUCAUUAAAGAAAUUAUCUAAUCGUAAUCAAAACCUUUUAUGUGCUUCGUCAUAUUAUAUAAACAGCUUCAAAAGAGUCGUCGAAGAAUUGGUUUAUAACUCACUUGAUGCUGACUCUACUUCAAUAGCAAUUAGAGUCUGCAUAGAAAAUAAAUAUAUACAAGUACUGGAUAAUGGUAUAGGUAUUAUAAAAGAUAAUUUUAGGCUUUUAGGAGACAAAUAUGUUACAAACAAAUUCAUAGACGACAGUUCUCUAAAAUCUACAUCGAAUAAAUAUGGGUAUAAAGGAAUUUAUCUAGCAAGCAUAAUAGAAGUUUCUGAAAAUGUUAAAAUAUCCUCAAAAUUUAAAAACUCGCAAGAAACUUGGAUGAAGGUUUUUUGUAAAGGUAGUGUAGAAGACUUUAAUUUAACUUCAUCGAGGCCAUCAAAAGGAACAACUGUAGAAAUUUCAGGAUUUCUUUAUAAUCAUAAUAUUCAACAAAAAUCUAUAGAUUUAUUAAAUGAAAUAAACAGUAUCAAAUUGGUUCUAGAACAGCUAUCACUAGUGCAUUGUAAUGUUUCAUUUAGCCUCAGAGAUGAUUCUAAGAAUGAAAUUAUUUUUAAAAUUCACAAAAAUAGAAACAUAUACCAGACAUUGUUGUCUCUUUUUGAAAUAAGUAUGAAUGAUUUAAAAGAUCUACAAGUAGAAAAAAAUCAAUAUAAAGUGAAAGCAUACAUUGGUAAAAAUUGCUUGGUACCAAAGAAGUAUCAAUGGGUUUUUUUAAAUGGACGACAAACUAUUGUGGAAUUUAAAAACUGCGAAGCAGUUAAUAAACUUAUUGAAAAAUUAAUCAACUUAUACUAUGGAGACAUUAAAGGAAAGCCAAUAAUUGUUAGAAAAGAAAUAAAUCAAGAUAAUAAUAAUGAUACAAGAAGAAAGGUCAAGGAAAUUAUGGACAAAAUAUUAAAUAAAAAUGAGGUAAAAGCCAAUAUGAUGCAACUACAGAAUGGUAUAAUAGGUAAAAACGUUAAAAGGAAAUUAAAAAAAAGGAAUAUGAAUGAUAACCAACAAAAUAUUUUAGAAAAAGAAACAGAAUAUAACAGUUUAUGCAAAAUUAAGGAAUCUGCAAACUUUAUUGAAAGGGACAAAAAACAUGGUAUUAAUGAAUUGUCUGAGUCACAUAAAUCAGUACAUAAUUUGUUAAAAAAUAAUAGACUCAAAAACAAAUACUUCAACAAUAACAACAACAAUAAUAACAGAAACUUGCUAAAAGCAAAAAAUUAUAGAAGAACAAAAAAGAACAUAGAAUUCAAAAUUAAAACAAAUGCUUCCAUUGAACCUCUCAUACAAAAAUUUGAACACAAAACAGAAACUGUUCAAAAGAGGUGUCAAAAAUUAUCAGUUGAAGCGCAGACUAUUCUAAAUAGAAAAUAUUUCAAUAAUAUUAAAAUACUCAAAGCUAACGGAAAGCACGGCAAAGAUUUUAAAAUAGAUAGCCCAAAAGAAAAAUAUAUAAAAUCUAACAAUGUAGAACAUUUAAGCACCAAACAAGUUAAAACAACGUAUGACUUAUUAAAAAUUAAUGAAAAUAAGGAAAAGUUUCCCAUUAAUGUAUUCACAGAUACUCAAAAUACUGUCAUCGCAGAAAGUAUCGUAUCGGAUAAAAAAAUAUUAUCUACUUUUAAUAGCCAUGAAAUAAAUAAAAGAAUAAUUCCGAAAUGUUCUAUUCACCCAUCAAAAAAAUACUUACCUAAUUUGAAUCCGAUGUUAUAUGAAUAUAGCUACACGGAAAAAAAUCAACCUAAUAACAGAUUAAAUUUAUGGAAAUCUCCAUUUUUAAAAGAAUUACAAAUGUCAACUAAUUUGAGUUUAAGUAAUCAUAUUAAAAAGACGUCACCUUCAAUUGAGGAUGCAGUAACAAGUAAAGAUACACACACAAACAUUGAAAAUGAUAUAUCAAUUUUUAAACCUAAAUCGCAAUACAGUGAUGAAAUAGAACCUUUAAAAUUUUGUGAAUCAAUAUUAAAUAGCACCGAAAUGCGAAAUAUUGAACAGGAAUUUAACAAGAGCUUUUUUCAUAAUGAGAAAAGUAAUUUAAUCAUGACAUCUGAUAAUAAUUUUACUCGAGUUUAUAAUAAUUUUGACAAUUUUGGUAAAAACGAAUUUGUUAAUAUUUUCAAGGACAAAAACCAGAAAGAUCAAUUCAUAUAUAACACUGUGCAAAGAGAAACAUCGAAUAUUGAAUUGUAUGAAAAGAGUAGACUAGAUAAAAAACAACCUUCAUUGCCAAUAUUCAGUAGUCAGGCUCAUAACACGGAGGAUUUUAAACUAAAAGGUCGUCAUCGGUUUGUACCCAAAGGUAUGUCUCAAAUUUUUGAGGGUCAUUUUAAAAAAAAUUCUGAUUAUAAUAAUGACGAAGAAUAUUAUGAAGACGCUAUUUACAACCAUUUUGCAGAAGAUGUUCGUGAUAAAUUUGAAAUAUUUGAACCGUGUGUUAAAAAUGUCAAAGACAUUUUUUCUAAGGACUUAAAUAAAAUUAAUUAUAGAACCGAUAAAGAUAAUGCAGAUUUAAUAUUUAAUUCUGAAUCGUUAAAGCAAGCUCAAAUAUUAGGACAGGUAGAUAAAAAAUUUAUAGCGGCUAGAAUACAAAGUAGAUGUUCUAGCGAUGGAAAAUCAUCUUAUUUUUUAACUUUAUUUGAUCAACAUGCCGUGGAUGAGAGAGUAAGACUUGAAAGAAAUUUAUCAGAUUAUUUCGAUGGAAUCAAAUGGAAAAGCGUUGCAUUCGAGACAUUUCAAUUGAAACUUAGUCGUGAUGAUUAUUUUUAUCUUUACAAUUAUAAAGACAAAUUUACUCAAUUUGGACUACAAUGGACAUUUGCAGAAAAACAUGUACUGAUUCAUGCUAUACCAGAAGCUAUUCUUGGUAAAAAUCCUAGAAAGGCGGAAACCAUUAUUACAGCUAUCAAGAACUUCAUCUCUGAACAGAUUGAGAUAAUAAAAUCUAUCAGAGGUAAUGUUUAUUCAUACCCAAAGUGUAUAAUGGAACUUGUCUUUAGUGAGGCUUGCAGAUAUGCAAUUAAGUUUGGUGAUCAUUUGUCUAAAGAUGACUGUGUGAAUAUAAUUGGUGCUCUUGCGGACUGCAAGACUCCUUUUCAAUGCGCACAUGGCCGACCUGUUAUGGCGAUUAUGAUGGAAAUACCGAAUAAUAAUUAUAUUUAUAAGGUAAACAUAAGCCGUCUAAAGGAAUUUAAAAAAAUAAUGUCUUAAUCGUUUAUAUCGUAUCGUAAAAACAAUUUAACCAAUAUAGUAGGUAA